AACCAUUUUUUUUUUUCUUAUAUUCAGUUUUUCUUUUCCUUUUCCAAUAAAAUAAGCUGAACUUCCCACUAUAAAUACGCUAAAACCAGAGACAGAGAAGUUCAAGUCUUUUUUGUGUUUCUUGUUCUUGCUGUAGCUCUCUUAACUACCUAAACCAUUCAGUUUUCUCCCGUUUCCUUCUAUUCCAACGGUUUACAAAUGGCACGCAAGAAGAUCAGAGAGUAUGAUUCUAAGAGAUUGUUGAAGGAGCAUUUCAAGAGGCUUUCUGGCUAUGAAUUGCCUAUCAAAUCUGCACAAGUUACGGAAUCAACUGAUUUCAAUGAGCUAGCAGAGAAGGAACCUUGGCUUUCUUCUGGGAAACUGGUUGUGAAGCCCGACAUGUUAUUUGGGAAACGGGGCAAGAGUGGUCUGGUUGCUUUAAAUCUUGAUCUGGCUGAAGUUGCUAUUUUUGUGAAAGAACGCCUUGGCAAAGAGGUGGAGAUGGGUGGAUGUAAAGGACCAAUAACAACAUUCAUCGUUGAACCCUUCAUCCCCCACAAUGAAGAAUUUUAUCUUAAUAUGGUUUCUGAGCGACUUGGUUGCAGCAUAAGCUUUUCAGAAUGUGGUGGAAUUGAAAUUGAAGAGAAUUGGGAUAAGGUCAAGACUAUAUUUGUUCCAACUGGAGCAUCGUUUACUUCUGAAGUAUGUGCUCCACUUGUUGCAACCCUCCCAUUGGAGAUAAAAGGAGAACUCGAGCAGUUUAUUAAAGUUGUUUUUGCUCUAUUUCAAGAUCUUGACUUCACUUUCUUAGAGAUGAAUCCUUUCACUUUGGUUGAUGGAAAGCCUUAUCCCUUGGAUAUGAGGGGUGAGCUGGAUGAUACUGCUACCUUCAAGAACUUCAAGAAAUGGGGAGACAUUGAAUUCCCAAUGCCAUUUGGAAGAGUUAUGAGCCCCACUGAGAGCUUCAUUCAUGGGCUAGAUGAAAAGACAAGUGCAUCUCUGAAAUUCACAGUUCUGAAUCCAAAGGGGCGAAUUUGGACUAUGGUGGCUGGAGGAGGCGCAAGUGUCAUCUAUGCUGAUACUGUAUGGUUCUGUUUGUUCGGAUACAGGAUUUCGAUGGAAAUGGAUCCUUCCCUUUCCUUUUUUAUUUUUCCCAAUAUCAGGUGUCUCAUGUUUCUCAGUUGUCCUCAUCAGGUCGGAGAUCUUGGUUAUGCUUCCGAGUUAGGGAACUAUGCUGAAUACAGUGGAGCCCCCAAUGAAGAGGAAGUAUUGCAGUAUGCUAGAGUUGUAAUUGAUUAUGCAACUUCUAAUCCUGAUGGCCGUAAGAGAGCCCUUGUAAUUGGAGGAGGAAUUGCUAACUUCACUGAUGUUGCUGCUACAUUUAAUGGCAUUAUUCGAGCCUUGAGGGAGAAGGAAUCUAAGCUUAAGGCAGCAAGGAUGCAAAUAUUCGUGAGGAGAGGAGGUCCUAAUUACCAGAGAGGUCUUGCAAAAAUGAGGAUACUUGGAGAAGAAAUCGGCAUUCCCAUUGAGGUUUAUGGCCCUGAAGCAACAAUGACUGGUAUAUGCAAGCAGGCAAUCGACUGCAUCACUGCGGCUGCAUAAGUUUCGCCUCCUUAGAUUAAUCUGUGUUGUUCUUUUCUUUCUUUUAUCGUGGGAAAUUUAUUAAGUGUUCUUUACAUCUUUGUUUGUACUAGGACAUCCAACAAAGAAAUGUUAAUUAGUGUUCGAAUAAUUAAGAGCUGCUUACUUUGUAUUUACAAUCUCUCCUGCUUUACCUCAAUGCAACUUUCUAAGCCGACUAAAAUAUAGUCGUUGAGCUAGGCCAACCCAUUUGAGCUUGGCCAAUCCA